AAUGAACGCUCUUCGUUUUACUGUUAGAAGGUAGUAAAUCUGUGUUGAAUGCAAUGAGUUGUGAUGAAGAACCGGCCUUGGAGUCCCUGUCAGGACAAACUUCAAAGACUCAAGACCUUAUAAGAAAAACUGACGGGGAGAAACUUGACGAGGACAAUCUGAUCUCAAACAUAAAGCCAUUUCAAGGUGACAGUUUGUCUUUUGACCAAGAAAAUUAUGGAAAGGACAGACGCAGGACCAAGUCUCUUCCUGUGUGUCAAGGCGGUGGAAAGAGAGUGCAGUUUGCAGACGCGCUUGGGUUGAAUCUAGCAGAUGUCAAACACUUUAACAUCGCUGAGGAUCCGUGUGUCCCGCCUAAGGGGAUAUCGAAGCUCCCGAGUUACCCUCCACUGCCGGGCCAAGAAUUCGGUGAUUUGUGUGAAGCUUUUGAAUCCAGUCUCAGUUUUGAUUGCCUGGUACCAACUUUUCAGAUGCCUGUUGACUCUGCGGAUUUCGAUUCCCGCGUCCGCCGUCAGCGUGUUGCUUUGGAAAAGGUGUCUUCCACUCGAUUUGACGUUACGGGGACCAUCAGAGUGAUGCAAAUGGACUGUGAAACGGAAACUGGAGUGAGGUACACCUUGAACGAUUGGGUAACGUUUGUAGACACACAAGCCGUGCACGUUUUGGAUGAAGGAACUGCAUCGCCAUGGAAUCACUUCACCUUCACUUUGUACACGCCCCCAUAUUUUGACAAGGAGUCAUCGAUACAUUUCGCUGUGUAUUGCCGGACCGACCAAGGCGAAUUCUGGGACAACAACGAUGGAAAGAAUUAUACUUUGAAAGUUAAGGUAACUUAGCUGCAAGGCCAGCAGUCUUCAGACGGAGAGAUCUGACUUAAAACCGUGAAAUAUUGAAGUUCAUCGUUUGCCAAUUAAAACACCAUGCGCCAUUUCCUUUGAUUAUGUGUUCGUCAUGUUCGAAUGAAUAACUUUUUAAAUACAAAAAUCAAUAACUACCCCACACCAGGUAAAGGGAUUUAAAAGAAAAUGCUCUAAGCAGUCAGAAUGUCGGCUUACUUCCUACGUUAUCUCUUUAUUUUAGCAUUUUAUCAUGGACAGACACUCAAAUGCAUUGUCAUUUUUAUAUUACAUACAUGUAUAGCCUAUACUACAUGAAAUGGUUCAAAAACACUGUAAUUAAUUGUUUAAUAGAGUGUCAAAGAAUGUU